AUGGUACCACGCAGCGUCCGAUCCGAGGCAAAUCAAGUCUCUUCACGGAAUUCAUCAUCACUAUAUGAUUGGAGAGACGUACAGACUGCACUCUCAAGCUCUUCUGCCAGCCAGUCAACACGUCAAAGCACCCGCAAGACCAGCAACACAACGCCAUACGUGACCAAAGAAAACGCCCAAGAAUACGCGCGCACAAGCACCAUGCUCGUAGGCCCCAAACACACACCCUCCCACCUCCACACGCACCUCUUGACUCAACAUUCUGCCUACUUCCGCGCCGCCCUGCUUGGCCCCUUUAUCAAAUCCAGCACAAGCAGCAUCACCCUCUCCGACAUAUCACCCAGCCACUUGUCACUGCUAGUAACGCACCUCCACACCACGCACAUACCGCACCCCCUUCAAAGACGGAAAAAACCCGCCUACUACACCCUGUUGCAUACCUACGCGCUCGCCGACCGCCUCGGUCUCGAAGCCGCCCGCAACGCCAUCAGCACGUUAGCCGACACCACAAACAGUGUGCCUACGCCAUCGGCAUACCUGGGUCCUAAGACGGAUCGGCUGGUUGAGGGACAUCCGGAGGAGUGGCAUCCGCGUGUAGUAGUCAAGUGA